AUGUCCUUUCAUCAUUUGUUCUACCUUAGAUACCAUUACAAAAUCCACACUGGUGAGAAGCCUUACAAAUGUCAUGAAAUGUGCCAAACGCUUUACUUUUUGCUCGUCUCAGAAAACAUCAGAAAAUUCAUACUAGAGAGACCUUACACAUGUAAGGAAUGUGACAAAUCCUUUGUCUCAUGUUCAUAUAUUAAGUCACAUUGGAGAAUUCAUAAUGGAUUGAAACCAUACCAAUGUAAGGAAUGUGACAAAACCUUUGGUUGUCAAAUCUUAAGUCACAUAAAAACAUUCAUACUGAAGAGAAACCUUAAAAAUGCGAAGAGUAUGAAAGGUUACAGAUGUAACGAAUAUAAUAAAUCCUUUUCCAAAAGCGCAAAUCUUAAAUCACAUCAGAGAACUCAUUCUGGAAAGAAACCCUACAAAUGGAAAGAGUGUGACAAAUCCUUUAAGUGGCUGUCAGCCAUGAAAAGGCAUUACAGAAUCCACACUGGGGAAAUCCUUACAAAUAACUCAACUCUUAGAAGACAUCAAAGGGUGUGUAAUGUAGAGAAACCCUGGAAAUGUGAAGAAUGUGACAGGUCCUUUACUUGGAUGACAAGUUUCAAAUUACAUCAGAGAGGUCAUACUGGAGAGAAACCCUACAGAUGUGAAGAAUGUGGCAAGUCCUUUAGUCAAAUGUCAAGACUUAGAGCACAUCAGCGAAUACAUACUGGAGAGAAACUCUACAGAUGUGAACAAUGUGGCAAGCCCUUUAGUCAAAUGUCACGUCUGAGAGUACAUCAGUGAAUACAUGUGAAGAAGAGAUGUGAAGAAUGUGGCAAGUGCUUUAGUAAAAUGUUUAGUCUUAGAGCACAUCAGCAAAUACAUACUGGAGAGAAACCCUACAGAUGUGAAGAAUGUGGCAAGUCCUUUAGUCAUGUGUCAAGUCUUAGAGCACAUCAGCAAACACAUACUGGAGAGAAACUCUACAGAUGUGAAGAAUGUGGCAAGUCCUUUAAUCAAAUGUCACAUCUGAGAGUACAUCAGCAAAUACAUACUGGAGAGAAACCCUACAAAUGUGAAAAAUGUGGCAAGCCCUUUAGUCAAAUGUCAAGUCUUAGAGUACAUCAGCAAAUACAUACUGGAGAGAAACCCUACAGAUGUGAACAAUGUGGCAAGCCCUUUAGUAAAAUGUCAUGUCUGAGAGUACAUCAGUGAAUACAUACUGGAGAGAAACCCUACAGAUAUGAAGAAUGUGGCAAGUCCUUUAAUCAAAUGUCACAUCUGAGACUACAUCAGCGAAUACAUACUGGAGAGAAACUCUACAAAUGUGAAGAAUGUGGCAAGUCCUUUAGUCAAAUGUCAAGUCUUAGAGUACAUCAGCGAAUACAUACUGGAGAGAAACCCUACAGAUAUGAAGAACAUGGUAAGUCCUUUAGUCAAAUGUCACUUCUGAGAGCACAUCAGCGAAUACAUGCCAGAGAGAAACACUACAGAUGUGAAGAAUGUGGCAAGUCCUUUAUGAUUAGUUCAACUUAUAACAACCUGAGAAUUCCUAUUGGAGAGAAUCCCUACAAAUGUGAGAAAUGUAAGAAGUCCUUUAAAAAUAUGUCUUAG